CAAACCCUUAACACAAAAAGCAUCAACAAGAAUACCACCGCAUAUUCUAUUGUACUUCAUUAUUCCUCACCAUAUUACAGGUUAAUUACUCCCUCCACACAGAGUUCACUACCCUACAGUUUCAGCUUUUUUGAUCGUCUUUAAAACCCCCACCCCCAACCAAGACCAAAACACACACAUACCCAUAAAGGGAGAUAAGAAGAGAUCUAGAGAUGAAACCCAGACCCAUCUCCCAUCUUUAUUGUUCCAAAGAGAGAAAGCCCUGCGUUGGUUGGAUUGAGAAAUAUUUCAAUGAUUGUCUCUGCAAUCUUAAAGAUGAUAUCUCCUUUGGUUGCGGACUAGUUAGUCUUAUCGCUUGGGGUGUUGCAGAAAUCCCUCAGAUCAUAACCAACUUCCAAACAAAAUCCGGCCAUGGUGUGUCUCUCACUUUUCUCCUCACUUGGAUUGUUGGAGACAUCUUCAACCUCUUGGGUUGCAUCCUCGAACCAGCUACAUUGCCAACCCAGUUCUACACGGCACUGCUCUACACAAUCAGUACAGUAGUGUUGGUGUGGCAGUGUGUGUAUUAUGAUCACAUCUGUAGAUGGUGCAAAUCCAGAUCAAAGAAGGAAGCCAAGGCAACGGUGGGAGAAGAUGCAAAGUCACAAGCAGCAGCAGCAGCAGCAAGGCCCAAGUCCCAUGAGUCCACCAUUUCAAUACCAGGAGGACCCCACAGGGCAUCUCCUACCCCUUCCCCUCAAAGGGAAUCUUAUUACAUUUCUGCAAGGUCUCUGGCCAGAAGUGGAACACCACCAUUGUAUGGAUCUUAUCUUAGAGUUGCCAGAAGUGGUCCUUCAGCAAUGCAACUAAACGAGUCAUCGUCCUCAUCCGAUGACGAAGCAUUUCCAGUUUCGGCCAAUAAAACUGUGAAGACCAAGCCCAUCAGGAUUCCACGUUCUGUGGGCUAUGGAACAUUUGCUGCAGCAUCGGUCAACUUACCCUAUCAAACCAUAGCAGUGAUGGAAAGAUACAUGGGGUUAUCAGAGAACACACAAUUACAAGAUGGUAAGGUUGAAAACAAUGUCUACGGAAUGGCUUUAGGAUGGCUGAUGGCUGCUAUAUAUAUGGGAGGCCGAAUCCCUCAAAUAUGGUUGAAUAUUAAAAGAGGGAGUGUAGAGGGCUUGAACCCCCUCAUGUUCAUUUUUGCUCUCAUUGCCAAUGUUGCCUAUGUGGGAAGUAUUGUUGUAAGAAGCAUUGAGUGGGAGAAAAUAAAAGCAAACAUGCCUUGGUUGUUAGAUGCUGUAGUUUGUGUGGCACUUGACCUAUUUAUCAUUCUCCAAUACAUCUACUACAAAUAUAUACAGAAAAGUAAAACAAGUAAUGAAGAAGAUGGAGACUACAUGGAAGCAGUGAAGCCAUUACUAUCUUGAUUUAGAGUUUUAUUUUGAAAAUUUGUUUUGGUCAAUCCUAUAUUCAUGUAUUUUUGAGCUUGUUUAACCUUCCUUCUUAAAGGGUUGCAUCAACCUGUAAGACAACUGUGUUAUUUUUAUUAUUUCCAGGCUAGCUGGUUCUUAUUUUUUUGUUUUUUGGUGAAAUAGCUGGUUCUGAUUAUAUGUAAGUUUUCUUGAGGACAAAGUAUAUAUGUCCCUUGUAUUGGUAAUCUUUCUGGACUCAAAAGUAUUGAAGUGGAAGGAGACUCUUUUAUGUAGUAAUUUGGAUUGCUUUUGUAAAUAUAGAAAUUUCAUUUUUGAAUUAA